AUGCCAGCACCUGUGUUGGGACGGGCACAGCGCCGCCGUUUCCGGACUCAAAACCUGAACGUAAGGUUCGCAAGGAUUCCUCCUGAAGAGUGGAGACAGCUGUGUGAUCUUGACGAAGCACAGUUUGAGCAAGGGAUUGAGCGAUGGACGCAGGUGUUGAGCGGCGCCUUGGAGACCGGUGUAGGGCGGCUGUCAGAGGCAAUUCCCAGAGGCUUGUUGAUCGGAACAUUGCGGGAUGGAAGACAGUGGGGCGACGACCCAAUGUUGGAAUACCGCAUGCCCAACGGUCAGGUAAUUCCUAUUGCAAGAGUGCUCCAAUUCACAGAUGAUGACAACAUGUAUCUGGAUGAUUCGCCUUUCCCAGAUCGCCUGAUGAUGUUCGAUAUCCUCGACUUGGAAAGAAACAUUAGGGAGAUAGUUGUCAUUAGGGUUUUAGUGGAGCAGCUUCAGGAACAGCCGCAUCCGUUGAUGGAGAGGAUUCUGCACGAGCCUGGCCCGCCCCCACCAGAAGUGAUGGCUGUGCAAGCCCCAAGGCACCGUCAAGAGCAAGCACCGAGCAUCGGAAGUUCUGCGAGAGCCCCGAGCCGUCUACCCCUACCGCUACCGAAUCCAGCAUUCCUCACUCCGUGCGUGACUACCAUGAGAGGUGAGGGAGCGGCAAUUCAGGAGGAGCGGUUUGCUCGUAAGGCAGAAGUGGCUACGACGGAAAACCUAGAGGAGCUGUUGUCAACGCUCCAGGAGCCACUGAGUGUGACCCACACGGCAUCACAGGGCGAGGUGCGACAACGUUUGGAGCUAUGGAGACCAGCGAUCGAGAAAGAGCUACAGGCUCUUAAGUCGUCGGGAGUUUUGGUGAGCCACUUUGGGCAAGAAGGUCGUGACCUGAUGCAGAACCCGGGCACGACAACGAUACCCUUGAAGGGUGUGUUCACUGCGAAGGCUCCAGCUUCAGAUUCAAGUGCAUACUUCCGCAGAAAAUGCCGAUUGGUUGCGUGCGGCAAUCAGGCACCGCACAGCGAUGCAGAGUCGCUUUAUGCGAGCGGCGCUCCGGCGGAGCUGGUCAGAGCUGCGCUAGUUGAAGCGAGUUCCCACCCGUGGGGAGCAUACACGUGUGAUAUUCGAUCAGCCUUCACCCUGACACCUAUCCCCAAGGAGGCUGGGAGAAGGUAUGUGCUGAAGCCACCCAGAUGGCUGGUGGAGCUACAGUUAGCUCAGGCCGACGAGUGCUUCACUCUAGGACGUGUCCUGUAUGGGUUUAGAGAAGCGCCGGUGUGGUGGUCUGGUUUUAGGGAUGCGGUUCUAACGGGCGCAGUGUUUGAUGGUUGCCACUUGGUUCAGGGUGAGGUUGACCCAAGCGUGUGGAGAAUCAUCAAAAGCAGCGACAACCAGCUUCAAGGGUUUCUGAUAACCUAUGUGGAUGACUUCCUGAUUCUGGGAAGUGAAGCAACCGCGCGAGCACUUCACAAGUGGAUCCUUGAAGAGGCAAAGUGGGAGACAGACGGAUUAAUGCAGGCCAAGGAAGGCAGUCCAGUACGGUUUUUGGGAAUGCAGUUGGAACAAUGUGCAGACGGAGGGUUCACGAUAGACCAAGAAGCCUAUAUCGAUGAGUUGAUCCGUGCACACAACUUGCCUCCGACCGCCCGGUCCAAGGUCACAUGUCCCAAGGAGCUUCUCCAGUGCAGUGGAGGGGAAAGUGAGGAAGGCUUGGAUGGAAGCUCAGGCGAUGAUGAGGCAGCAACCAAGCAUGCCCAGCGCAUUGCAGGCGAAUGCCUGUGGUUGUCCCAGAGAACCCGGGUUGACAUAGCCUUCACCACAUCGAUGAUGUGCUCCCUGGUGUCCAGCGAUCCGAGACGUGCCGCCUCCAUUGGCAGACGUCUGCUCAUGUAUUUGGCCCAAACCAAAGACUACAAGUUGAGACUCAAGGCAGAUCCAGGUGCCCCGGUUGUGAAGCUGUUUACCGACGCCUCCUUUGCUCCGGAGGGGAAGCAUUCUUACGGAGGCCACAUCGUAGAGUUCAAAGGGUCACCGGUCGUAUGGCGUGCGGGAAGACAGCAGAUCAUAUCCAUGAGUUCCGCCGAAUGUGAAUUGAUUCAAGUUGUGGAAGGAAGCUCCUACACUGAAUCCUUCCUGGCUUUGCUCAAAGACCUUCAGAUAGUGUGCUCCGAGGUCUAUGUGGGAGUCGACAACACAGCAGCGAUAUCUCUGGUGAGGGGUGGAUGCUCUCAGAGGACUCGACACCUCAAGGUGCGUGCGGCAAAGCUGAACCAACUUUUGAACGAAGGAUGGAUUUUGGAUCAUUGCCAAGGCUUGUACCAGAAGGCAGACAUCCUUACGAAGCUGCUGCCGUCGGCUAGGUUGAAGUUCUUGUGCGACUUGUUGAACCUUGGCCCUACAGAAUGUGCCACUCAACCUAAAGUCCAGAAGGUUCAAGGCUCAGGGAAGGUGUUCAAGGUCUGCCUGGCAGGUUUGCUUACGUGUUUACAGGGUGUGGUGUGCAAAGGCCAACAAGAGAAGCCGGCCAUCGAAGUCGAGUGGCCAUAUGAACUUCUGUUGGCCAUGUUGCUCAUCAUUUUGUCCACGGUGUGCUUGUGGGAGACCGUGAAAAAGGGGUGUGGAGCCCGAACCAACACCGAAGCUACGACCGUCCCCAAGGUGCGCGCCGUCAGCGCCGCCAAGGAACGGAAAGCGAAGAGGCUCCAAGAUCGGGUUUCAGCUGCGAUAGAGAGUGCUGUGAGCGAGACCAGCCCAUCAGGGAGUGAACCCCUGAGAGCGCGAAGAGGGAGGAACAAAUGCCCCCCUGACCAUGCUCCGAAGGGAAGUACCAGUGCACCUCCGAUCAUCCAAGCCGGAGUCGUGCAUGUGCACAGCCCAUCGGAUCCGCGCAUGAACGCGGAUCAUGUGUUGGUUGAGGGAUACCGUGAGGCCGCUUCUUCAUCAACCGCCCAACCAAUCUACGGAUUGCCAGAUCCACACGUGCCAGCUCGGCCACCGCCUGGAGCCUAUGCAAUCGCCGGCCAGACUCCUCCCUUCCUGUCUGCACAGGUACAGGCGAACGUGGGAGCAGCGCUUCGCGUCCCAGCAGCGCGUUUCAGCGGCACAAGGUCAAAUGAGCCGGAUGUUCUCGCCGAGGAGAGACGGGGGAUGGCGUCAGUUUUGGAAGCUGUUGGGAACUGGGACUGGGGCCUGGCUGCAUCUGGCUCAGCCGACGUCAAGACAUCUAUCAGUGAUCCCGGAGUGGAUCUAGCAGUUGAUCAGACUGGAAAACCUGAGACCGCCAUUGCCAAGUGUGGAGGUUAG